AUGCGAGCCUGGGAGCCCCCAGGGUCGCACCGGCUCCGCGCCCCCGGCCGGGUCUGCACGCACAGGAGCGAGCAAUGCCGUCCCCUACCUGGGUGGGAAAUCCGCACGCGGCCGCCUCCGGGUGCGGGCGGAGCGGUGUACGUCCCGGUGGCCCGGCCGGCUGCUCGGGAGAACGCGGCGCUGGGGCGAUCCCGGCGGAGGCAGGAGUCCGCGGGUGUCACACCUGCAUCACGGCGCCCGCGCCGCCGCAGCGCGCAGCGCGCCCCCGCCACACCGAGCACCCAGGGCGGGAGGCUCCUGGGUCCUCUACUCAGCGGGAUCAGAUCCUAA